CGUUAUCGUUAAGAAUCCGUGACAGUCGGAUUUGUUUCUACCGUUGGUCCGUUUCUGGUACUGUCAACUAAAAGCACCGGCUAAACCUUCGGAUGGCAAGAAAGGUUCCGGUUGCAUCCUGUUCGCCGUGCUCAUUUGACACACAACAACAGCAACAAGAAGCUUCUCAGACGGCAGCACCUGAGACAAAAACCUAAUGAGACGGGGGUCUGUGGUCUGAAUUAUCUGUGGUGAAGGUGGUGGUGGUGGUGGUAGGGCUUCCCUGACCGCACUGCCAACUAGUUUUCACAGGAGGUCCCAACAACGCCUGGUGCCACUGCGCGCUCUGCUGACGCAACCACGUCGCUGUGGCUCAAUGCGAUGGCGGACCGCAAUGUCCCCAGACCUGCCCAGGGAGGGACGGAGCAAAGUCACUGAGCCACUCACACCGGCUCCGUUAAACUACGGUGCGACCACCUGUUAAAGAGAGGCCGCUGCCAUUGCCGCCCCUCCCGUGAAAUAGUAGGCUAUGUGGGACGGGAUCGGCUCGGAGUGCACUGACCGGGACGAGCCAGAAGUGGAGUGAAGAGAAGCGGAGUGCGCCGGGCUGACGCACCGCAUGUUGAGCCAGCAAGUUGACUGUAAUAACAAAAGUCGCGUCGUCGGGGAAGGGGACAGCCGCUCUCGGAUUUAACGGAGGUUUGAGGGGACAGUUGUUCCGGCAAAAUGAAAUUCGCGGAGCAUCUUUCGUCCCACAUCACUCCAGAGUGGAGGAAACAGUAUCUUCAGUAUGAGGCAUUCAAAGAAAUGCUUUAUGCUGCCCAGGACCAAGCCCCGUCCAUAGAAGUCACAGAUGAAGACACAGUGAAGAGAUACUACGCUAAGUUCGAGGAAAGGUUUUUCCAGACCUGCGAGAAGGAGCUCCUGAAAAUCAACACAUUUUAUUCAGAAAAGCUUGCCGAAGCCCAGAGGCGUUUUGCCACGCUGCAGAAUGAGCUGCAGUCUUCACUGGACGCUCAGCGCGAGAGCAACGCUCCGCCCGGUCUGCGGAAACGCAAGACGAUGUUCCAUCUGUCGCAGGAGGAGCGCUGCAAACAUCACAACAUCAAGGACCUGAAGCUAGCCUUCAGCGAGUUCUACCUCAGCCUCAUCCUGCUCCAGAACUACCAGAACCUGAACUUCACUGGUUUCCGUAAAAUCCUGAAGAAACAUGACAAGAUCCUGGAUACUUCUCGCGGAGCCGACUGGCGUGUGGCUCACGUGGAGGUGGCACCUUUCUACACAUGCAAGAAGAUCACACAGCUCAUCUCCGAGACAGAGACCCUUGUCACCACAGAGCUGGAGGGAGGAGAUCGUCAGAAGGCCAUGAAGAGGUUGAGAGUUCCUCCACUGGGGGCAGCUCAGCCUGCUUUGGCCUGGACAACCUUUCGUGUCGGUCUCUACUGCGGCUUCUUUAUCAUUCUCGCCAUCACCUUCGUUCUCACUGGUACUGUGUUCGUCAGCGAGAACGUGUGGCCACUGGUGCGGAUCUAUCGGGGCGGUUUCCUGUUGAUCCAGUUCCUCUUCCUGUUGGGCAUCAACACUUACGGAUGGAGACAGGCCGGAGUCAACCAUGUCCUCAUCUUUGAGAUCAAUCCCCGAAACAAUCUCUCUCACCAACACCUGUUUGAGAUUGCUGGUUUCCUGGGUGUUUUGUGGUGUCUCAGCAUCCUCUCCUGUCUCUACUCAGAGUACACCUACCUCCCCAUGCAGAUCAACCCGCUCAUCCUUUAUGGCUUCAUGGUGCUCUUCCUCAUCAACCCCUUCAAGACCUGCUACUACAAAUCACGUUUCUGGCUACUCAAGCUGUUGUUUCGUGUGUUCACAGCACCGUUUCACCGGGUGGAGUUUGCAGACUUCUGGCUGGCUGAUCAGCUCAACUCUCUGGUGUUUGUUCUGAUGGACCUGGAGUAUCUCAUCUGCUUCUACAUCUUUGAGCUGCAGUGGAGCAACAGCAAGGGCCUGCUGCCCAAGCUUAAAGACCCUGAUGACUACGUAUGCCACAGCUACUCUUAUGGUCUGCGUGCCAUCAUCCAGUGUCUGCCCGCCUGGUUCCGCUUCAUCCAAUGCCUGAGGCGUUACCGUGACACCAAGAGGGCCUUCCCUCACUUGGUGAAUGCUGGGAAAUAUUCUACCACCUUCUUUGUCGUCACCUUCGCUGCGCUCUACGCUACACACAGAGAGCAAGGACAUACGGACGCCGACAUGUUCUUCUACCUGCUGAUCGUGUUCUCCACUAUCAGCUCCCUGUACACACUGAUCUGGGAUCUGCGCAUGGACUGGGGCCUGUUUGACCGCGGAGCCGGAGAAAACACCUUCCUCAGAGAAGAAAUUGUUUAUCCACACAAGGCCUACUACUACUGUGCCAUUAUAGAAGAUGUGAUCCUGCGUUUUGCCUGGACGAUCCAGAUCUCUCUGACCACAAUGACCAAGAUCAACUCUGUGGGUGACAUCUUAGCCACUGUGCUGGCUCCCCUCGAGGUCUUCAGGCGUUUUGUGUGGAACUUCUUCCGUCUGGAGAACGAGCACCUGAAUAACUGUGGUGAGUUUCGUGCUGUGAGAGACAUCUCGGUGGCCCCACUCAAUGCCGAUGACCAGACGUUGCUGGAGCAGAUGAUGGACCAGGAGGAUGGCGUCCGGAACCGCUCAGGCAAGAAGACCUGGAAGAGGUCCUACAGCCUGUCGCUCCGACGCCCCCUACUGUCCUCCUCACAAUCGAAAAAGGACACAAAGGUGCUAAUUGAAGACACGGAUGAUGAGGCUUUCAGCUGAGUCCACAACGUCAGCACACACACACACACACACACACACACACUAUACUUAUAAGGACCUUCAACCCUUCUCCCUUUAUACUUACAAGUGUAGUAACCUUUACCGUCAGUAUAAACCUUUAAAGCAGUGAGGACCUCACUUUCGACAGUUUACCUCAUCUUUACAUCCUUUUGAGUAUAUUUGGUCUUUAUAAGUAUAGAAAAACACACACACAACACACACUGUAAAUCAGAAACACACAAAAAGAUAUACCUGCUGAAGCACAAGCAUAGUGUAAUAUUGCUACAGUUGAGGAGAGAGCUAAUGCCAUACAGACAGACAGACAGAUGGACAGAUGUCAAGGGAAAUCUUAUGCACAUAACAGGAAACACAGACCAUACUGCCCUGGGAUUAUUCUCUUCUUUUUUUAAAGGACUUUUUUUAGUAAGUGAUAUUUGUGUUUCUUUAGAUUUUUGUUCUUUUUCUGGAUUUAUUUUGGAGAAACUGCAUAGAUAGGCUACAGAUGACUGUUUACACGCCUUUUUUAACUGCUCUAGGAUCAACAGGGAGAAGACAAGCCAAUCAAAAGACUAAAUAUUAAUCAAUAGAAAACUGAGGAAGGACUCAACACGCAACACAGCAUAUCAAAACAAAUCAACUGGUUUCAACUUGUUGAUUCUUUUUAUACUCCAUCCUUUUUUUUGUUUUUUCGGUUGAGUUAUAAUAACGUCAAUCACAACCCUGGAGGCACUUGCAGGAAAAGUGCAUUUAAUACACAAAACAUUAAAAAAAACCUACUUGUACACAAAAAGGGAUGUUUUGCUUUGUAAUAUAUUUCAUAUAUUUUGAUGUGCAUUAUCACUCUAUUGUAGUUGUUAAGUACUUCUACAUGUGUUGUUUAUACUAGUGAGACUAGUUUGAGCAUCCACAUGAUGAUUGUUAAUGUAUUUUAUAACGAAUGUUUUUCUUGGUUGUGCCACUUUUUCAAUAAGCUCAUAGUUAGACCUCGAUUUACCCCCAACCUCAAAUUAGUGCAAAACUGACUACUGCAGUAUAUGUACGUGCAUUGCUAUUUUUUAACUACCAAAGCUUUAUUUCUAUAAAUGUGUCGCUCUGUCCAUCCAACCUGCACAAAGCUUAUUUACAGAAGUACAUAUUUUAUUGGGCUGUUUUAGCAGGCAGGCUCUGUCUUGUUGGAAAUUCCAGUAAUAUGAGUAGAAUUAUGUCAAGAUUGAUUGAUUGAUUGAUUGAUUAAUUUGUUUAUCUGAGUGUCCUGCACCUUUUGGUGCCUAGCCCAUAUGGGCUUACAAGACUCUGGACAGCAACAACAACCAGGAUAGUCACAUGACCAAUCACCAAAACAUACAGUUCCACAAAUUCAACAUGUCAGAACAUCUACUUUAUAAUAAUAAGAUCUUAUGAUGGAUAUAGUGUACUACCUUAGUUUCCAUACAUUUUCUAUAAAUCUUGCUAAAGCAAAAACCUCCUCAUUAACAAGCCAAUUCAACAUAUUACCUUCAGAAAACCAAAACAAAUCAGGGUUCGUCAACUGCAUUUUUCCAUACAAAUGAUUCCUCAAGUCGCUGUACAUGGGGCAAUGGAAUACAAAAUUAAAUUUAUCCUCAACAACACUAAGAUCACAAAAAACGCAUAAACACUGCUCUUCAGGAAUACCUUUAUAUCUGAGAAAAUAUUGCAGAGACCUCUCUUGACCAAGGGUAACCAUGUGCUCUGUCCCAGUUAAAAAUCUUUUUGGUUAGCCUUUCCUCUGGCAACUGGACCAGGUGGUUCAACAACCAAAGUAUUUCAGAUCUCUGCUUUACAAAACAUGAGACCCAUCAUGUCCCCUUCAUUAGCCCAAGAAAAUACCUCAUGGUUUGACUCUGAAUAGCAUUACUGUCAGGAGUAUCCUUAAAACCCCACACUCCUGCAGCAUAAAAUAAAAUUAAGCCAUUAAAGCCAUUAAAGGUCAGGACACAGUUUCGUGUUAUUCAUCACAAACCCUAACACUUAUCCUGCUGACUGACAAUGCUUUACUUCCCUCUGAAAAGCGCAUAUUUUCAUUAAAGACAAAACCAAGAUAUUUAUAAGAAAGAACUGGUGUACUUUAAAGGCACUGAUCCAAACUGAAAUGUAUGGUUGCUUUGCUGUUCACAUUGCUUUCUAAAAUGUAUAAUCUGUGUUUUUCACUGUUAAUAGCAAGUCUCAAUUUACUACACUAUAAACUCAUAAUAUCCAGUAUUGUUUGUAAAUUAAUCUCUUUCCCUGCAACCCAAUGAACACAAUGUCAUCAGCAUAUAACCGAAUACUAAAAUUCAUAUUAUUAAGUGGUAUACCUAGAUCGGCUGGCUUGAUUUCUUGAGCUAAAUCAUUUACAUGAAGGGCAAAUAAAGUGGGGGAGAGCACAUCUCCCUGCUUCACCCCUAAUGGAGUAGGAAACCAACCAGUCCUGAAAUGAUUUAACUGUAAACAUGCAACUGGGGCUUUGUACAAAGUUUUGAUAGUAUUGUAAAUUUUACCACCAAUACCAGAGCAAAUUAACAUACUCCAAAAGAUCUCUAUUGAUCCAAUCAAAGGCUUUCUUGAAAUCCACAAAACAAGCAAAUGUAUUUUUGCCCUCUUGUAGUCCAGCUCUCACCACAGAGGAUAUGGCAUAAAUGUGAUCAAUACAUGUCCUGUUUUUCCUGAAACCAUUCUGCUCAUCUACCAACACCGCAUGAGACUCUAGGUAAUUAUUAAGUCUAUUACUGAGGACACCUGAAUACAAUUUAUAAACUGCACUGAUCAGGGUGAAAGGGUCUAAGCUCUAGGGUGAGCUUUUGCAGAUUUAGGGAUAGGUUUGAUUAUGGAUUUAUUCCACACAGAAAGCACGUUUGACAUAGACAAUGUAAAAUAUUCUACCUAUUAGGGGCUUUAAGGACCUCAUUAGGGAUGUCCUCCACACCCACAGCUUUAUUUAAUUUAGCUUUAUCUAUUACGCUCUGCACCUCCUCCAUUGUAAUCUCACUAUUCAGCAUAUGGUUUGAACAAUAUGCUGUACUACUCAUCCCAUUUUCAAGAUCACAUUUUAAUGUACAGGUUUCAUUUAAAAAUUGAUCAUUAAAUAGAGGAGGGCUAUUGGAUGCAUACAAAUUACAUUUCCCAUUAGAAUCUCCAUUGGGAUCAGCUUGCUCUUUUUUGGACCCAGUUUAUGAAUUUCCCUCCAAAAUUGCUGUGGAUUGCUAAAUUGUAAUUGCUCUAAUUGGAGAGUUUGUCCUCUCUUAAAACAUCUCUUGAAAAAUCUCAGCUUUCUAUCAAAAUUAAAUUGACAGUUUAAAGUUUUGUCAAGAAGUGAUGUGAUGCACCACACAGAAAAAUCAGUUGAAUUGUUAGUGAGUCCUCAGUAUACACACCAGUGGUUCUCAAACUGGGAGUACGACUUUGAAUUGAAUGAAUUUGAUUAAUGAAGGUUACAAAAAUCAAACGAGUGCUCGGAUGCCAGCAAGGCUUUCAAGACUCAGGUCAGCAAGAUUUAUUCAGACAGCAAAACUACAUGUAAAGUACAAGGUGGACAGAUUAGUCAGCAAAAUAUGAAAAGUCUGAUCUUGCUCUCAUGUUUACUGUCAAUAUAGCAGGAGAGCCUUGUGUCUUUUGUGUCUGUGUCUAAAAACUCAGAAGAAACGUGUGGAAAGAAAAAUGCAGACCAUGUUCAAGAUAAUGUUAUUGCAAUGAAAUAAAAAAAUUAAAAUUGGCUCAUUUGGUUGCUAGUUUUCCCAAAAUAAACUGAUCUUUCAAAGUGGGGCAGAAGAAGUUUUAGAACCACUGGUAUAUUGCGACACACUUCAUAUGGUCACCAAACACGAGCGCUGCUAGAAAUUCUGACAAAGGCUCAGUGUUGCCAGAUUGGGCUGUUUUGUCAUCAGAAAUAAAAAGCUACUUUUUGGAGUGACUUUGAGGCUCUGAUUGAGCUACUUGGUGGCAGUCAAAUCUGGCAACACUGCAAAAUCUCAUUCAGGGCUCUUUAACGGUAAAUAUCUAUAACCUGUGACAUGUUUCACAGCUCCUUCUGGGUUUCACUACAUUCAGCGUUCCUGUCAUCAGAUAUACAGUACAUUGUUUGUUUCUCAUGUUCAACGUUGCCUCGUUCAUUUUAGUACUUUUUAAAAAAUGAUUUGUUAGAUCAAACGUAACCUACUAAUCUUAGAUAAGGACACUCUGACAUCCACUUUUUGUGUCCUUGGCUUAUUUUCAAACCACCAGCUCACACUUAGAGAUCUGUUGAUUGUAAUUUGAAAGUUUGCUGCUGCUGCUAAAGGGCCCUCUGACUUUCAGGAGAAAGGAAGCUAACUUGAAUGCUGGUGUGUGUGUGUGUUUCACUUUCUCUUCCUGUUUGACCCUCUCACUCUGCUGUGCUGUUCCUCCCUGUGGCUACAUCACGUCAUCACCAGCCAGUUGUAAGACAAAGCCCAGAGAGCUAUAAGACAAACGUGUUACAGAAAGUCCUGUUUCUUCUACUUCUGUUUUUCCCGUAGCGGCUAAAAGUCUGAAAAGCUUCUGUGUGCAAUGAGCUUAAUGUGAACUGGAAAACUAGAAAGUAAAAAAAAAAAAGUCUAAGAUGGGUAGCUUCCAGAUCCAUUUAAAUAUACUGGACACAUGCCAUAACUGUAUACAGGCAUAAAACACACACACACACACACACACACACACACACACACACACACACACACACAUUGUCUCUCUCAUGUGUCGGAGAGCACAACACCACAGCAGAUAGUUUUGUAAAAAGGCUGUUGUCUUGCCUGCAUGCUGCUUUUGUUCUACAUUGUACAUAGAUCUUCAUUUACUUGACAUAAUGUGUAUAUUAGAAAUCAUUGUAGCUACUGUGACAAUGAUUGAUUUCAUAUGUUGCCAUUUUUGCUCCAAGACAAGCAGUAUUUUUUUAGGUGACGAGCAUUUUUUAUUUUUUUUUUUUAUUGGUCACAAUCCUGCACUCCUUUUCAUGUGUAAAUCUGUUGACAAUGUUUGUUUAAAAUAGAAAAAAAAAUCCAUAGAACUGGAGAAUGUGAUUGGUUGUAUCUUGUUGGUGAUUCCUUCUUAUUUCAAGGCUCCGUCAUCUGCGGAGGUUUGUGUCCAGGGCUCAUGGCGGAGGUGGGGGGACAAAAGGGGGGCAGACUACUGUGUCCUGAAGCUGUAAUACUGUUUGUACAUUUGUGAAUGUGCAUGAAAAUAUUGUAGAUGUUACAUCUGUUGUUGUAAACUGCCCUGCUGACAAAGCAUUUUGACAUACUGUAGGGCACAGGAACAGCCCAGAGAGGACCCACACCGUAACAAAAUACCGUUAAACGGAUCCCAGAUCUGCCCGAGCUUCUCUUUAAUAUCCCACAAACAGAUCUAGGAUCUUUUAUUUGCUCACAGGAACCAUUUUUGAGAUGCUUCUCUGUGAGAAAAACAAACGUUUUAGUGACCAGUGUCUGUUCUCAGAUGUUCAGUAUGUGUAACCCACCAACAAAGACAAGAACAGGGUUAUUUUGUACAGUUUGUGUUUGAUAAGGUGAUGAUGGCGAUAAACCCUGACAUCCCAUUUUUCUCAUGGGUGAAAAUCAAAGAUGAUUUAGUUUUCACUGCCUGCUGAUACCCCCAUGAUGUUAAAGUGCUUGAUAUGUGUGCAUCCCUCCCCGUCCUUCUCUUGGUGUUGUUCGUACCCUUUCUCUAAUCUAGCUGAACGUGAUAGUACCUGUAGUUUGGUAGAUGGAUGUUCUACUUUGAUAAGAUACAAAAAAAAAAAAAAAUAGAAUAAAUACAUUGUGGCUAAAUGUGAUUUUAAGAGACAAAGAAAGGAAAAUGUCUAAGUCUGAACCAUCCUCCCCCGAGUUCCUUUUACAGAGUAGUUUGUACAUGUCGACUGUAUAACACUGUUCUAUGAUGGUUUUCCUGAUGGUAUUUGUAUUUCUGUAUACACUUUGGUGAUCCUGUCAUAUCUGGGUUUUAUAAACCACGAUUAUUUUUAAAACUCA